AGGCGCAGAGGAGUCGUAGCAGUGCGCUGAGGUGGACUUCUUCCUUUCUGUCAGUGUGAAAGAAGCAGUGCAGUUCAGCAGCUGGAGCUCAGGAACAACUAGAAACCUCACUGACAACCUCUCAGACACCACAAUGAUCCGGAUAGCCGCCUUCCUCGCUCUGCUGGUGGUCGCCUGCUCGGGAGAGAGCUGCACAGACCCAGCGAUCACCCCGUCGGCCUACACCACCUCUGACGCCGUCAUCUCCUCUGAGUCUGUCUUCAUCGUUGAACUCAGCCUGGCCUGUGCCAACGGAGCACAGAGUGUGACUCUGUAUGCUGAUGUCAAUGGAAGACAGUUCCCUGUGACUAGAGGACAGGAUGUUGGCAAGUACCAGGUGUCCUGGAGUCUUCCUCACAAACAGGCCAGCUCUGGAACGUAUCAGGUCAAAUUCUUCGAUGAGGAGUCCUACAGUGCCCUGCGCAAGGCCCAGAGAAACAACGAAGAUGUAAAUGCCAUUCAGCCUCUCUUCUCUGUCAAUAUUGACCACAGGGGUGCGUGGAACGGCCCAUGGGUGUCUACUGAGGUGGUGGCUGCCCUCAUAGGUAUCCUGGUCUACUACAUGGCCUUCACUGCUAAGAGCACCAUCCAGGCAUAAACAGAUUCACAAUCACUGGAUUGUUAAAGACUGAAUUCUGGUGGAUCUCGACCAACGAUCCAUCAUCCAGUGUUGUGGCAAGCCAAAAGGAGUUUGCCACUUGAUCUGCUUGGGGACGAGGAGCAGGAGCAGCAGUCUUUGUAUUUCCUUUAUUCAGACUGUGUCUGUAUGCCGUCAGUCUUAUCAAUUUUUCAGAUGAAUUUCGUCACGAGUUGGUCUUUUUAUGAGGGAUGGGAUUUUGUAAUUUUUUUUGAUAAAUACCAAACAAUAAACCUGGACCACAUAAAUAAAUAAAAAUAAAUGUAGGUUCUGUCCUGAAUUCUGUCUUGCUUAAAGAUGUUGCUACUUCCAGACCAGGUUAUCCUUUGUCCCUCUGUGUGGAUGCAUUGGCAGGAGUGGGGCUUGUACAGAUGUGCUCAACACCAACAGAGAGCAGCCAAGACCUCAGUGCACAUAAAAUGUCGAUCAUGUGACUCCACUAGCUGGACUGAACUGGCCAAGUGUACAUGUCUCUUCCAGUAAAUUGAAUAAAUGGCUUGUUUUUC